AUGCAGGCUGAUGCUAAGAUGAAGUCUUACGCAGUACAUUUGGUGGUGUCGAUGCUGCAUUGCAUUGAUGGAAGAGCCAACAAGUGGAUCGUCAAGGACGGGAUUGUUUGGUCCAGCCUGGAUGCAAAGCUGAAGACGUUGGCCGCGACCACCCACAGCCUGGUCUCUGUCUAUGUCAACCACAAUGCUGCCUUUCAUGGGGCAACGGGCGACCUGGGCAUGUAUUCCAAGAAGUUUGCGAACAUGUGCAGGGAAAAGGGGUUUCUCGUCACUGAUGUGCAGUACCACUGGGACGCAAUCGCGUCGCACAACUGGCAACUGGCAUAUCUCCAACUGUCCAAGGUGCAGAUGAGCUCCAUCGUGGAGGGAUGCGUCGCUGAAGAGGAGGUGAGAUUCAAUGUCCCGCCUGGAAGCGACCAGAAGCGCUUUUACAAGUACGACCCACCACCACAGAGCUCCGGCCUUCGCGAGGACGAGAAGGAGAGAACCUUUUCCUCGGCAACUGCAAAGCUGUCUACCUCAGACGAAGAGGACAAGUCUUGGCUCGAGUCAAGCCAGCUGGCAAGUGGGAUGUUCUGCGAGAAUUGCAAGUCUGGUGGUGUCGAACAACAAAUGGACAGAGUCAACAAGGACCGACCGGAGUCGUGCAUCAACUGCGCGGCCAACAGCCAAGCUGACUUCCACGGCUACACUACAUCGAGUGUCAAGAAGAAUGAGAUCUUGAGGUUGUUCGUUGAGAUGUGCGGGAUCGUUGACAUGGCCAAGUUCUCCAUUGGCAAGAAAUUCCCCGACCUCAUCGUGGACAUCAUUAAGACCUUCUUCAGGACAAACGUGGCGAAGCCGCUCUCGCACUUGGGCUACAUCACGAUGGACCAGGAGUCUUUCGAAGGGUUCUUUGGUAGCUCUAGGAGAGGAAAGCAACUGGUUGUGGAGGAGUUCCGGUGCAAGGUCCACGAGACUAAAGAGAUUAAGACCUUCUUUCGGAUUGGAAUGGACUAUGGCAACGUCUGCUAUGCUGGUUGGUGGAGGUCACUUUUGAGUACGACUGUCUUGGGAGAGUUGUUCUCUAGCCUCAACGCAGAGCUGCUUGGUGACGGCUUUGAGAUGCUGCUUGGAUUCUUCGAAGUCCUGCAACACUUCGAGACUGUGCUGCCUCAAUGGGGGAAGAUCUACAGCUACAAGCGUGGACUCGAGAUCUCCAUGAUCAACUUCGCGAACUCCGGAACUGUCGGUCCCGAGAUAGUGAACAACAAGAGGAGACCUCCCCCUGCAUGGCCUAUGGAACCAACACCGAAGGUAGCUUCUGAGAUGAAGAGGGUGGAGAAGAUGGUCUAUGCUCAUCCCGUGUCCGAAGAGUACGAGGAAGAGCAGGACGUACCGAGCUCUGGUUCUGAGUUCCCUGGAGACUACGGAGGCCGCUACGACGACAACUCUGACUUCGAGCGGUACGAGCCUGAUCCUGAAGAGGAAGCAGAAAUGGGGGAUGACGAUCCUGAGGAUUGGAUUGGAAACUGCACGGAGGAACAGGCAGAGUACGCUCGCGAGGCCAGUGAUAUGGGCUUCGAACGGAUGAACAUCGUUCUAGAGAUCUUCGACAACGGCAUCAAGGAAGCCAAGAGGAGGAGAAUCUGCCUAUGCUGCCAGCGCAAGGGCCACCACGCCGAGGAAUGCGAAGAGGAGGAGAAGAAGAAAGAGUACCAGGAGAAGAUCGAAUGGAUCCUUUCCAACGUUAGAGGUCAGGAGGAGCAGCAGCAUCAUCAACAGAAGAGGCAAAAGACUGAAGAGUCGCCCAAGGACGCCUCUGACCAGUUCGUGGCGAAGAUGUACGAGAAGCCCAUCUCUUUGGAGGACCUGGCUUGCUUGGCUGAGGGCGGAAUGUACCACAUCAAGGGCGAGCUGCUAGAGGGCGUCAACCACCUGGAGCUUACCACGGGUGUGAGGAGCAUUCGAGUGCCUGAUGUCUUUCAGAUUCCUAGCCGGGAAACCUCGAAGUAUGCUGGGCGAGAUCGCCAUGGAAACUGGUAUCCGGGCUACAUGAGUGCCUGCGCUGGUCUCCCGAACUUCGCGGAGCUUGAGCCGGUCAACCCAACUGAGAUGUGCUACGGCUACUUUCAGGACUCAAACUUCGAUGCUGACAGGACGACAAGGGUCAUGACACCCCGCCAGAUCACCGAGAUGUCGAAGCGCCUUUCCUAUGGGCUGCGGCAGUUGGCUGGAACUAAGAAUGGCGAGUUUUCCUGUGAUGAGGGAGGUUGGGUUAACAUUGAUGAUGUGCUGCGCAACCAAGUCAUCUUCAACCAUGAUGGAUGCACAUGGAGGGCUUGGAGACUUCUCAUGGAGGUCCUCAACUACCAGCUUGAAUGUGCAAUGGAGAAGGUGCACUUCCAGGCAUACACUCCCUUCUCCCGGUCCCAUGCUCUCGCAGUGAAGCUCGACCCUAGCUUUGCUGCACGUUUUGGUGGCGCCUACUACGUCUGCCCUGCAACUCGGAUUCAGGACAUUGUGGACAGCGGGCUUACCAUGGAAACAGAUCACCAUGGAGAGGUCAGACUGCUGAAGUUUGGGAUCCUACCGCCGUGGAGUGCCGGAAACUACUCCACCACCACUUGGAUUCCUGACUGUGACCACUUGCUUGUCGUCUACGUGCCCGCACUCACACUCGUGAAGUACGACUGUGGACUCACGGAGAACGGGACGGUGAUCUGCGGCUACCCUUUACACUUUUCGGAGGUCGAAGGGAUGUGGAUCGUUCGUGGGAAGCGGAACAUGGCGGUUGAGAAUCCAGUUUGCGUGUUUUCCAGACAUGUGGUCAACGAGAUAUGCCUUGGAUUCCGAUUCUCCACUGCUCCCGACGGUCACCAGCAGUUCAUCCAGAACGUGGAGACUUUCUUGGACAAGGUCUCCAAGGCGAACGGUCAGGCGCAGCAUGUCGCGACGCUCCUGGAAGGUCUCAAGAAGGCCGAAAGAGAGAUGGAAGUUUUGCUGAUCAACGAGUACGUUCUCGACAUCAGGAAGGAGCUCGGUCGAAUCUUCAUUGACGAUGGAUGUGACUGGGAAGAUCACCUCUGCAGGGUAUGCCCGGCACGUGUAACUCUGAUCCCCGCCUUCCUCACCUUGUGCGUCAAUUGCAAGGGCCGGCUGCUUUCCGUCGGGAAGUUCAUCGAAGAGAUCGUUGACGACGGCGACGAGGUUCCUGAGGCCAAGACGGAGGAGAAGAUGCCCGAAGAGGCAAAGAAGGCCAAGGAGAAAGCCAUGAACACCGAGUCCAAGGAGGAGGAGUCGAAGGAGGAGGACAUGGACGAGGAGGAAGAAGUUAAGGCCUCCGGUGCUCAGGCGUCUGGGGACCAAACGUACUUUGCCGCCGACAACGAGGACGCAACGGACAACGAGUACGAGGCACCACAACCUGACGGUGAUGAUGAAGUGCCGGUCACACUCACUUUCGAUGACCUCAUGGCGCUGCCACCCGCAACGUGCCUGAACGGAGAGGAGCCAGGAAGCUACGUUGCCUACUUCCUUGCAUACCACCUCUUCCGCAAGUGGAGGUUGUUUGAAUCUCUCGCGGAUAGGGACCCGCAGGAAUACAUUGAUCAUCCAAGCGCCAAGCCCUAUGCCGCAAAAUACGAAUGGCCUGUCACUCCGCGUGGACCUGAUGGAGUACCUCUUCCUCCCGACAUCGACACCGCUCGCGAGUAUGUCAAUGCACACUGGCGGAACUUUGAGGGCGACGUGGAGAAGAAUGCGAGGUACCUCCUUCAGAAGCUGUCAGGGUACUACCACACUUACAAGCUGUGGAGAGUGGCUAUGAACUACCACAUUAGCAGGGACGUGUUCAAAAGAGACGGAGGUGCAGACCAACGAACAGUGGUCGGAGCAAUCAUGAGGAUACUCCGUAUCGCUUACGGCAUGCCCUACGUCGCCUUCACCCCUGGGUGGUUGCAGACUGUUAGCCUGGCAAGCUACUUCCCUGUGGCUCACAUUGUGACGACUGACGUGAAGAAGGAUGCCGACAUGCUUCUCGUUGUGUGGUGUGUCCAGAACGGGAUUGAGAUACCUGAAGGUAUCGUUGCUCCCAAGCAAGUCGAAGCAGCAAAGCUCGUGGAGCGCUUCAGGAUGAAGGCGCGCAGACUGGCCCUGGCUAUGUAA